AUGUCUCACAACCAACAACCGCACUCCCGGCCUCUCCCGACCGCAGAGCAUGCGACAUCGCCCUACGCCUCCGCGCAGCCCAUCAUGAACCGCCAGCACGGCGAGGGAAUUUCCCCUCUGCAGAGGUGGGCGGCCAGGGCUUCCGAGUCGCAAUUCAACGCUCUUGCUGGUGCGCUUGGCGGCUUCACCUCCGGCGUGGUUACCUGCCCGCUGGACGUCAUCAAGACCAAGCUACAGGCGCAGGCCGCCGUCAAGACCGGCCAUUCACGCGUGUAUAAUGGCCUGGUCGGCACGGCCAGCGUCAUUUGGCGGGAAGAGGGCAUUCGCGGCAUGUAUCGUGGUCUGGGCCCGAUCGUCCUCGGUUAUCUCCCCACCUGGGCAGUCUGGUUCACAGUCUACAACAAAUCCAAGGUCUACCUAGCUGACUAUCAUCACAACGUUCAUCUUGUGAAUUUCUGGUCCUCCAUUAUCGCAGGAGCCAGCAGCACCGUUGCCACCAACCCGAUUUGGGUCAUCAAGACCCGGCUCAUGUCACAGAGCAAUCCCAACGCGCACCGCAAUGAUCACCCGAGGCCCGGAAACACGCCCACUGCGCGUCCAACACUUCAAACACCCUGGCACUACCGGUCAACGCUUGAUGCCGCCCGCAAAAUGUACAGCUCCGAAGGCCUGCUCUCGUUUUACUCGGGUCUAACACCUGCCCUCCUUGGCCUCACUCACGUAGCAGUACAAUUCCCGACAUAUGAGUUUCUCAAGACCAGGUUUACCGGCCAAGGAAUGGGCGAGGCCGAAGCCCCUGGUGAGGAGGCACACUGGUCUGGUAUCUUGUCCGCAUCGAUCCUGUCCAAGAUUCUGGCCAGCAGCGCUACAUACCCGCAUGAGGUAAUUCGUACGCGACUGCAGACGCAACGGCGGCCCGUGGCUGGCGAACAGUACCUACAGGGCCUCGGCGUCGCUGCUCCACCAGGAGCUCAGGUACAGGCCAAUGGCAACGGCAACUCGAGCUACACGCCAAAGUACAGAGGCAUCGUCAACACAUUUCGCACCAUAUUGCGAGAAGAAGGCUGGCGAGCUUUCUAUGCCGGCCUAGGAACGAACAUGAUGCGCGCCGUGCCCGCAGCAACGGUAACCAUGCUCACCUACGAGUUUGUCAUGCGCGAGCUUCGACACGCUCGAACACUAGGUCGGGCUGGCUUAGGCCUAGCCGCGGAGCAUAGAUGA